AUGGGUCAGUCGCUGUCCACUCUCCGCUGGCGUCGCAGUGCUCGUAGCCUACAAGAGCUAGCCGCUCGACCAGCCGCGAUACGCGACCUGAGUCCGAAUCUGUCUUGUGGAAUUCUCAUUUCUGCCCUCGAGAAUGUUGCCAAAUACACUUCAGCCAAGAACCAAGACAUCACUCUCGUUGUCGUUGGUGGAAUCAUCAAUACAAUCUUCCUCAGAAGUCGCCCUGAAACUCAUGAUGUCGAUUUUUUCAAUGACAAUCUUCCACCCGCCGCGCUCAGGUGCCUUUCGAAGGCAGCCAAGUCCGCUUUCAAAAGGAAUCGUAUACUCGGACGGGGGUGGCUCAACAACCAUGUUGUUCUCUUCGUCCCAUCCCAUAUACGACGUAUUCUCCUCGAUGAAGCGCUUGAGCAGCACGAAGUUGUUUUUCAAGCCCCUGGACUUACUCUCUUAGCUGCUCCUUGGGAAUUCCUUUUUUGUACCAAGUUGCAUCGACUGUCUGGAAGAGGUGUUAGCACCGCAACGUCUUAUGAUCAGGAGGACGCGGUUCAUUACUUGGAGAAGUACAUUUCACUUCAAUCUACCGCCGCUGUAGCCCAGGGAACUGUUAGGUUUUGGUUUGGACAGUAUUUACUUGAUUGGACCACAGAAACAGAGGAGCUGCUCCCGGGUGUGAACUCCAUGUACCAGACCACUUUUCAUGUUGAGCAUGAUCCAAUCAUUCUUAGUUCUUAA